AUGGCCGUAAAUUCAAGUCGUCGGGACAUCUUCUACAUCCUUCUCGCUUUAGCCUCUGUAUCACUUGUCUUGCUUGUCCGCCGCACAGUCUCUUCCGCCGAACUUGAACGGAUCUCGCUCAAUGAAGCUCAGCGGUCGAUUCCCAACAGCCUUUUUCUUGAACUGAACCAGCUCGCACGCGUGGUUGAUGUCUCUUACUGUGUCGGCAACACCGGGCUCCGAAAACCAUUCGAGUGUCUCAGUCACUGCGCCGACCUGGAAGGAUUCGAGUUGAUAUCAGUAUGGAAUACAGGACCUUUACUGUCGGACUCCUGCGGUUAUAUCGCCCUUUCUCAUCCGCCGUCACCAAAGAGGAUCAUCGUCGCUUUUCGCGGCACCUAUUCGAUCGCAAACACCAUAAUCGAUCUCUCCGCUUAUCCGCAAAGCUACGUCCCGUACGACCCGGAAAACGACACUGGUAAUGAAUCGGGGACGCUCCAUUGUGAAGAGUGUACCGUCCAUGCGGGGUUCAUGUCAUCCUGGCAGAACGCACGCUCGGUCGUCCUGGGCUAUGUCUCUGCCGCAAGGCUACAAUAUCCUGACUACGACCUGUCUCUAGUUGGCCACUCCCUAGGCGGAGCUGUCGCUGCCCUAGCUGGGGUGGAGAUGCAGCUACGGGGCUGGGAACCAACGGUGACAACGUUCGGAGAACCGAAGGUUGGAAACCAGGGUUUCGCCGAUUAUCUUGCCAGGUUGUUUGAACUACCAAGGGGAGCGGCAUCUGUUCCCGUCGAACGUUACAGAUUCCACCGUGUUACCCAUAUCAAUGACCCUGUUCCGCUCUUACCACUUGCGGAAUGGGGCUACGAAAUGCAUGCGGGAGAGCUCUUUAUCGCGAAAGAAGACCUUCCACCAUCAGUGUCUGAUGUCAGGGUCUGCGAGGGUAACAAGGACGAACGAUGCAUAUCCGGUGCGGACCACACUUUGAGGCUCGCACUUCGCGAAACGCCCACCCUUCUCGUACGACCACAGAGUGUCGAUGCGCCUCCUGCUUCGAAGGAACAACAGGCGCCGAUGCAUGUGUCUUCGCUUGAAGGUUAUAUCCUAAAAUCGCAGGAUAAGGGACAGUUUCGCCAUGAAACAUGGCGAAGAUUCCACUGGCAUUUGUACCCACCGCGUUUGCAUUUAUGGGAGUUAUUCUUCUCUCAUCGAGACUACUUCUGGCGACUGGGGCUUUGUAUCCCGGGGGGUGACCCAACUGGCAAGGGGUAAUAACCGAUCGAUAUCGCUUGGGAGAAAAGCCAUUGCGUAUGUAAUUCUUUAAAGGCGCAUGCUCUAUUUGUCAGGGAAUAAACCUAGGAUGGUCGUGAGAAUUGACUACAUUGAGCGAUCUUACUGUACUCUCAAAUCGUGUCUCGUGCAGCAGGUUAGUCUUAGUUGAACCUUGAGACUAUAGUACAUCAUCAUACUUCAGAG